CCGAGGGAAGGCGAGGAGCCGCUGACGGCCGGAAGGAAAAUGAGUGAGUCUUUUGUGGUUUGUAAUGUCGCUGAAGAUUUAGUGGAAAAGCUGAGAAAGUUUUGUUUUCACAAAGAAACGAACAAUGCUGCCAUUAUAAUGAAAAUUGAUAAGGAUAAACGCCUGGUGGUACUGGAUGAAGAGCUUGAGGGCAUUUCACCAGAUGAACUUAAAGAUGAACUGCCUGAACGACAACCUCGCUUCAUUGUGUAUAGUUAUAAAUACCAACUUGAUGAUGGAAGAGUUUCAUAUCCUCUGUGCUUUAUUUUCUCCAGUCCUGUUGGGUGUAAGCCUGAACAACAGAUGAUGUAUGCUGGGAGUGAGAAUAAGCUAGUCCAAACAGCUGAACUAACCAAGGUAUUUGAAAUAAGAAAUACCGAAGACCUAACUGAAGAAUGGUUACGUGAGAAAUUUGGAUUUUUCCACUAAUGUGAACUUCUGUGUUUCUGAAGUAUAUAUGUAUUAACCUGACCAUACUGGAACCAGACAUAAAUACUUACGCCUAAAAAUGCACUGUUACUUACAGUUUGUUUCCUGCAGUAAAGAAAAAUUCUUCAUUUGUUCAAAGUUUGAACAAAGGGGAAAUCAUCUUCAUAGUAAUGAAACUUUGUAAAGUGUUUCCUCAUAUUUGUAAUUGUUAGGUGGACUACUUCUCUCCAGGGACUUUUUGCACUCUUGUGACUAAUUUCUAUAACUUAUGGUUCAGAAUUUGUUACUAUUUACAGACACCAUUGGAAAGUGGGUAUUAGAUUGUGGUAGACAACAGUUGCCUCCUUUUGACAAAUACUGGAUAUUAGCAGUUUAUAUAUGAAAAUAGCAUAUUAUCGCUUGUCAAAUCUUUAAAAUUUAUUUGGGGUAAAAGACUUGAAUGACCCAAUUUAGAGCCAGGAAAAAUAAUUUACUGUAGUGUAAGCUGCAUUACAAGUACACUUGUCAUCAAUUCCAUACCUUUUUUGGUUUCCUAUAUCUUUUUAAUCAAGUCCAGAAACUUUGUUCAUCAGUCAUUCAUUCUUAGGGUCUGGGAAUUAGAUUUUAUAGUAGUUAUGACUAUUACGUUUUCUUCUUACAGGAAAUAGCAUCUUAUGCUUGAAAAUUGAUAGGUUGGAACUAAUCAAGGGCUUCAUUCCUGGUUGUGUCAUAGCUAGAUAGUUUUGGAUCUAGGUUAAUAACACUUUAUUUAUAAAGCACCUCUUAAUGUUGUCCUGUGAACACAAGUUAUUUUAAAUGUGUUAAUACUGUGUCUUUGAUUUGUUAGCUUUAAAGUUAGUUUAAGACUUUACAUUGCCAGUAUUCCAGAUUUGGUGAAAUUAAUACUUUUGUAAA